AAAAACGUUUUUUCAAUAAUUGUAAAAGCAAGUGCAGGCCUACGAUACGACCUUGAAUAAGCUAAAAGAUAUCAAUAUGUUAUCAGUUAAUAACUCAAUAUAGAAAGUCAUUGUUUAUUUUUGAAAUUAACUGUUAGAUCUCCCGAGCAAAACGUUGACUUGAAUUGAGACGAGUAGAUCUUGAUCAGACGACGAAGAAGGCAGAAAAAGCUAAACCCAUUUUCCAAAGAAAUCAGAUAAAUUGCUGUGAGUGCAACAGCUAACGGGUACUCUCGCUUUCCUCAUUCUACAUUUUCUGAUUUUCUACGCCUUUUAGUAUCUUUAUCUAUAUGACUUCCCAUUUUCAAAUUGAUUGAUAAGUCUUUGCUGCGCUCUUCACUAAUUUAGUUAUCUCAGAACCUAUACAUUGCUGGGCUUCCUACGCAACUAUUAUCAUGGUCCAAAAUUGGGACUUUUGAGUGACCAAAUCUUGGGAAACCUUUCAUAAUUAUAUAGUAUGCUGCUGUUACAUUAUACAAGCUCUAUAAGGCGUUCUUUUAUAUCAUAUUCCAGAUAUGGCUUCCGCUCAAUUACGCCAAGCUGCUAAGGAUGAGAAGUUGUUUAAGAUGAUAGUGGAAACAAUGGGUGGUGGUGGUCCUCAAAGAGUUGUACUGGCUGGGAAAUCCGGAAUCGGUAAGACGCGGCUGGCAAGGAAUGUGGGUAAGUAUGCAACAGAAGAAGGCAUGUGCUACCUCACCCUCUGGUUUAACCUCAACGAGAAGUUUGAAGAUGAAAUGUCGCUUUAUGAGAACAUAGCUUUCCAACUUGAUGUGUAUGUUACGGAUGAUAAGAGGGAGAAGGACAAGAAAGACUUGCUAAAGGAUUUGAAGCAUAAGAUAAUUUUGGAGCUCAAGGACAAGAAGAAGAAACACCCUUCAUCAUAUGAAAUGGUGCCGUAUCUUCUGUUGAUACUUGAUGACGAAGGAAACAAGACCAGUGAGGACAAAGUGAUGAAGGAUUUGGGCCUGGAGAGUUUUCUUGCACAGUACAAACCUCUAAAAAUUCUUCUUACAAGAAGAGUAGGAGACGAAAACACUACAAAGCAUGGUGGGAAAAUUGAAUCCGCUAACAUGGAAGAGCCAUAUGAUACAAGGGAACGUAAGUUCCAUACCACAGAUGUGUCACAAGCUUUAAUUUGCACCCUUACCGAGGAUAACAUGCAUGAUUUAUUUGCACGCUUACCAUUCAUGAGGGGAGUUUGCUUGAGUCUCUUGAGAAAGCGUGUAAAAGUGAUGAGCCAUCGAUACAUUCUGUGGUGCGAAAAAGCAGUAAUUUGCCUGCUGCAAUCGUUGUGCUAGCCAAGUCUUUAA